GUUUUCUUUUACCAGCUCAGAACAGAGAGAGCAACUGCAUGUUCUUCUCUUCAAGCGUUUCUCCUUAAACCCAUUAAAACUAAAUGUCUCUCGAAUGAAACAAUCAUUUCAUUUUCCCAAAUUUCUGAGAAUAAAGUAACAAAUUUUGAUUGAGAUGAAGUCGAAUAACCACCAGAAAGAUUCUUCAGAGAAGCUAAUACUGGAUCGGAUUUUAUCCGGAUCCGGUUCACCGACCCGACCCGUAUCCAAACUCAUGGUCUUGCUCCUCCUCCUCGUCUCAGCAACUUACGUCGUCUACACUCUUAAGCUCAUCUCCAGCUCACGUGCCUGUCACGCGGAGCCUUUCUCCGCCGUUGUUCGCCGCUUGAACGACAUUGUAAACUCAUCUCAGCCGUUGAUUCUCUUCCAGUCUAAUCAAACAGCCGUAAUCAAAUCUCACAACUCCUCACCACCUCCUCCUCCUCCUCCCCUGAAAACCGAGCUCCGGCACGUAGUUUUCGGAAUCGCCGCGUCGGCGAGGCUAUGGAAACAGAGGAAAGAGUAUAUCAAGCUCUGGUACAAACCAAAUCAAAUGCGUGGUUACGUCUGGUUAGAGAAACCGGUUAAGAAACUCGACCAAGAAAACGAAACCAACCUCCCCCCGGUUAAAAUCUCCGCCGACACUUCGAAGUUUCCUUAUAAAAACAAACAGGGACACAGAUCGGCGAUUCGAAUCUCGCGGAUCGUGACGGAGACGCUCAAACUAGGACUCGAAGACGUGAGAUGGUUCGUGAUGGGAGACGACGACACAGUCUUCGUCGCCGAGAAUCUCAUCAGAGUUCUGAGGAAAUACGAUCACAAUCAGAUGUAUUACAUCGGGAGUUUGUCGGAAAGUCAUCUUCAGAACAUUUACUUCUCUUAUGGAAUGGCUUACGGCGGCGGAGGAUUCGCCGUGAGCUAUCCGUUAGCGGUGGCGCUGAGCAAAAUGCAGGAUCGUUGCAUAAAGAGAUAUCCGGCGUUGUACGGUUCAGAUGAUCGGAUGCAAGCUUGUAUGGCUGAACUCGGUGUUCCACUCACUAAAGAACUCGGUUUUCACCAGUACGAUGUGUAUGGGAAUCUAUUCGGUCUACUAGCGGCACAUCCGGUAGCUCCAUUGGUUACACUUCACCAUCUCGAUGUGGUCGAACCAAUAUUUCCGAACAUGACUCGUGUAGACGCCUUGAAGCGUCUACAAGUGCCGGCAAUGGUAGACUCUGCGGGACUUAUGCAACAGUCGAUAUGCUACGACAAACGCCGUAAGUGGACUGUUUCAGUCUCUUGGGGAUACGCAGUUCAGAUCUUUCGUGGAGUCUUUUCCGCUCGAGAGAUGGAAAUGCCUUCAAGAACCUUCUUAAAUUGGUAUCUACAUCAUUAAUAAUUAGUGUACACUAGAAUAUGUACGUCGGUGGCAUAGUAGCCUCGGCUUUACAAAAACUCGUACAAUAGUCAAACCUUUUUUUUUUUUGAGCAACUUACAAUAGUCAAACCAUAAAUCAAGAUAUCAACAUUUUAAAAAAUUGUUUGUUUUUCUUGGCAGGUAUCGGCGGGCGGACUACACGGCGUACGCUUUUAAUACACGACCGGUGAGUCGUCAUCCAUGCCAGAAACCGUUUGUGUUCUAUAUGACAACGACGGGAGUUCAUCCCAAGACAAAUAUGACGGUGAGCCAUUACGAAAGUCACCGUGUGGCUCAACCCGAGUGUCGGUGGAAGAUGGCUAAUCCCGGUGAUCUUAGAACAGUCAUUGUUUACAAGAAACCGGAUCCUCACCUUUGGGACAGAUCUCCGAGAAGAAAUUGUUGCAGGGUGAAAUCAAAGAAGAAUAAUACUUUGGAGAUCAGUGUUGCAGUUUGCAAGGAAGGUGAAGUGGUUGAAGUUGUGUAAUAUUUUUUCAUGUUUAUGAACUUAAAUUUGUCUCUGAUUCAGUUAUUCAGAUUAGGGGAUUACCUAUUUAAAACUGUUGAAAUAUUUUGAAAUUAUAGUUAAAUAAUUAUCAAAAUGUGAUUUGUUGUGUGAG